AAUACACCACUGAAAAUGGAUAGUCUGCAAAUCGUAAAAAUUGUAGUCAUGAACUUGGCUAACUUUUCCAUUGUGCUCCAACGUAAAUAAAAUUUAAUAAACUAGAUAUAACACAUUAUGAGAAGAACAAGGCCCCUGGAUAUAUGAAACAUGCACAUACAUUUACUAUAGAACCUAUGAUCAAUUAAGGUAAUUCUUUGGUCUUUCGAUAAUUAGACGGCUGUAUUUAUUUUAAUUAAUAAUUAGGUUACUGCCAACCAUAACUAGAGCAGAGUAUUUUAAAAACAGAGGGAGGAUGUGAAGUCUUGGCAGCAAGAUUACCAGCCUCACUACCCUUAGGCUUUAAAAUAUGA